CUAAUGUUGAACUGAACUGAACGCAUCUUGUAAUAUUUACAUGACGUUUAGUCAGAAAAGAGAGAAGAAAACAAAAUGUUUGCACAAAUUUCACAAGGACAAACAGAUUCCAAUAAUCCAGUUCUGUAUGAGGAGGUAAAACUCUCCAAGUCUGCCAGAGAAAGAGAAAAGUAUGACAACAUGGCAGAACUUUAUGCAGUCAUUAACACGCUGCAGAGUUUAGAGAAAGCUUACAUUAAAGAUGCUGUUCAACCCAAAGAAUAUACAGCUGCUUGCUCAAAACUGCUGGUGCAAUAUAAAGCUGCAUUCAAACUUGUUCAGGGGGACUUCCAAACAGUGGAGCAGUUUAUGAAAAAAUACAGGUUGGAUUGCCCUGCUGCUCUCGAAAGAAUUAAGGAGGAUCGACCAAUCACAAUCAAGGAUGGUAUUAGUCAAGGAAACACAAGCAAAGCUAUUGCAGACAUUGUUUCGCUGUUUAUCACUGUAAUGGACACCUUAAGAUUAGAAAUAAGAGCUAUGGAUAGGAUUCAGCCUGAUCUGAAAGAACUAAUGGAAACAUUGAACAGAUUAAGUAUUUUACCCAAAGACUUUGAGGGAACUCAGAAAGUAAAAAAGUGGUUAGAUAUAUUCAAUGAGAUGUCAGCGUCUGAAGAACUAGAUGAUAACCAGGUUCGGCAGAUUCUGUUUGAUUUGGAAGCUGCUUACAAUGCCUUUAAUCGCAUCCUUCAUGACCACUGAAAGAGAAUCAAAACACCAAAAGGAAACGAACAAUAUUGCCAGUGUGACAGUAUAGACCCCUGUCAUCAUCUUUUCCAAAACAGGUGUGCUUGUUACCGUUUUAUAAACCAGAAGAAUUCUUUUGUAAAGCAUACUACAGUUCAUUGUCAUGUUUUGCAAUUAACAGCAAAUUGGAAAAUGUGAUGGUAAAAUUCGUAAGAAAUUGAUUUUCAGUGUGCUAACAGACAUAAAAAUAGAUGUAGGUAAAUAUGUAUUCCAGCAAUACAUUAAUUGCUACUUGCUUUAUUUAAAUUUUGAGAAUAUACACUUGUAAUAAAAAAAAGUUUCAUAUUUUGUUUUUAUGCCUAUUUUAAAAAUGACAAUGAAACUAAAAGUUAUGUUAUGAAAAGUUACAGAAAACAAGGCAACUCUACUGUUCAUUGUUUUUUAGUAGCUCUGUCAUUCUGUAAACUUGUAUCCCUGAGGGCUAUCGAAAUUUCAUGAUUGGGAUUUUUUUCUGUAACUUGUAUUGUGUGUUAUAAGACAUAUGUGUACAUCCUUGCUACAUGCUAUAUCACCAGUAUAAAUGUUCUCUUUACUUAACUCCUGUUGUCCUGUUUAUUCUUUAUGUCAAACACUCAUAAUUUAACAAAUCAAUUUUUAAAAAUCUUAAAUGGAUCAAUAUAUUAGUACCCAGUACACAAGAAACAACAUUAAAUAGCCCUGAAAAUGCCGAGAUAAAAUGACUAUUUUUCAUUACAUGAGAGUUGUGCCUUUGAGAGUUUUUAAAGAUUGUGUGUUGUUUUUAACAGAUCUGUUUUCUUCCAUUUUGUCUUCUUAUCCCUAACUAUGAUAAGAAGUGAUAUUUUGGCUUGAACUGUUCAUGGUCACUUAAAAGCUCAUUUGAAUGUCUGGGAACAGUACUGACAUAAUUAUUACCUGUGAACAAAUUUUAUUUGAAGCUUCUUGUGUUUGAAACUCAUCAUUAUAUAAAUUUAUGCUUUUCAUUGGUAAAUCUUGCAUAAGAUUCCUGGAGUGCUUUUAAUAUAUGGGCUAUGUUUAUCAUUUGAAAGACUUGAAAAUGGUAAAAUUGCUUUGUGAACAUAUACAUUUGUAUAUUGUUCAAGAUCUCAUUAUGAUUAUUAUUAUUUUGUUUUUUUUGCUAUGUAUUGUUGUUGUCUUUAAACACUGUAUAUAAACUGCUUAACAUUGCAGUAAAUGAAUUUUAACUUUUUUUUUUUUUUGAACAGCCACAAAAUACUAAUUUCUUAAAACUUCUUGCAUGCUGCUUGCCUGGUAAAGGAUUUUAUUAAUAUUACGUAUCUGACAAAGAAAAUCAAAUUACUAUCCAGUAUGAUCGACUCCACACAGUUAAAAGAAUGAACUUAUAGAGAACUGGUCUGAAGUCAUGAAAUAGGGGACAGAUUGUAUCUACCCUGGUAUAUAUACGGUAUCAGCUAAUACUGAGACUAAAGUCUUGUAUAUAAUGUAUCUGUAUCUUCUUGUAAACUGUGAUAACUGAGAGGUAAUGUAAAAUACAUUGUACUAAUUGAUCCGAGAAAGGAUUGGAAUAUUGUAAAUAAAUAAACAAUAAAAUAUUAACUUUGUA